AUGGUGGAGCAGUCGGACCGAGCCCCGCUGCUGGACUGGGAGGAGAUCCCUCCACCCGACCCGAAUCAAGCGGCCCAGCCACCGCCUGAGCCGCAGCGGGAGGAAGGCACCGCCGCGGCGGGCAAAACUUCGCAUCCAAGCGGGAGACGGACACCGACGUGUAUCGCGUCAGGUACAGGGUGGAGCAGGAGCAGCUGCACCGUCACCUCCACCAACCCCAUCACCGCCGUCCCUACCGCCGUCACCUACAGCCCCAGCCGGAACAUAACAGCUGUUGUUGUCAGCCGGGACAAGCCCUCCGGGUGCGGCUUCGGUCGCCCGGAGCCUGUCGGUACGGAUCGUAGUUAUCCGUUCCCCGGCAUCACAGCGAGGGAUCAGUGGGAGGAGAAGGAUCAGAUCGUGGCUGUGUUUGUGGUGACUUUUGAUACUAGAUCAGGGAAUAUGGUAGAAUGGUGCCUGCCUCAUGACAUCGACCUGGACGGAGUGGAGUUCAAGUCAAUGGCCAGCGGCUCCCAUCGGAUCACCAGCGACUUCAUAUAUUUUCGUAAAGGAAAUUACUUUGGGCUGGCCUGCUUUGCGAACAUGCCUGUGGAGAAUGAGCUGGAGCGCGGAGCGAGGAUGAAGUCCGUGGGAAUUCUGUCUCCUUCCUACACCCUGCUGUACCGCUACAUGCACUUCCUGGAGAACCAAGUCAGACACCAGCUGCAGUGUCCAGGCCAGUAUUCACCUCUGGAGGCCUUUUACGAGGAUAAGAAGGCGGUUCUGCCCCCGACAGGAAACGGUUUGGUCACAUCGUGCCCGACCUGGACUGUUGUAUCCAUAAACCGCUGCAUGCACCCAGAGAUGAAGAUCACCCACCCAGCUGGCUGCAUGUCGCAGUUCAUCCAGUUUUUCGGGGAGCAGAUCAUGGUGCUGUGGAAGUUUGUCCUCCUCCGGAAGCGCCUCCUCAUCUUCUCUCCGCCACCCAUAGGCGUGGUCUGCUACAGGGUGUAUUGCUGUUGCUGCCUAGCUAAUGUUUCUAUUCCUGGAAUCGGGGUGUCCGUGCCUGAAUUACGCCCGUUUUUCUACAUCAACAUUGCUGACAUCAGCACCCUGGAAACAGAGCUUUCAUAUGUUGCUUGCACCACAGAGAAGAUAUUUGAGGACAAGAAGGAGCUGUAUGACAUCUACAUUGAUAACCAGAAUGUGAAGACACACAGAAGCCAUCUGCAGCUGCUGCUCAGGCUGAAUGCAGCAGAUAAGGAGAAGUACAGGAAGCUAAGUGAACAGAGACAAAUGCUGCUGUACUCUCAGGAGGUGGAUGAAGACUGCUCGGCAAAUGAAGAGGAUCUUUUUAUUCUGUUCUUCAUGGAGCUUAACAAUCGGAUCUUUCAGACCCUCUCCGAAGUGGCAGGGAGCUCUGAUCCCACCAUCACUGCUGAUCACAUGAGGGCCAUGGGGCUGGAUCCUCAGGGAGAUCGCUCCUUCCUGGAAGAUCUGCUGGAGGUGUAUGGUAUCGACAUUACACUCGUCAUAGACAACCUCUGCUGCUCCUGAACCGCCCCACACACCCACCUACCUCUGGGAAACCAGUGGGGUGCCAGUGGAUCAUCUGUGCCUGCAGGGCCCCACACACACCAAUACACUGGAAACACUGCCUCUGUCAGGGAGGGUCUCCUCUGGGAGUCUCUUUUGACCUAUGGAGACAACCCACUGUGGGUGAUUUAAAGGAGCCUGGUAACCACCUGCUGAACAUUGAUUCUGGUCCUCUCCUGUUGGAGCCUGUUUGAGUUGGAUUGUGGCUGACGUGGUCAGAAGUUCGACAUUGGCUGAAAACCGCUCUUCAUAGCAGGAGGACUGUCCCACCUUGCUCUUGUCAUGACACUUUCACCAUCCUGCAGCUCUGGUGUCCACCACUACUUCGUCUGAAGAAUGGAGUCGUGUUUGGAGAAAGUUCUCACACUGGAAAUAAAUUUGUGUGCUUGGAAUUCCUUUCACGAAAAAUUAAACAGACCCAAACCCCUUCAAAGUGCUGUGACCCUGACCUUCUGGUUCUGGUGAAUCUAGUUCUAUAAAUGGUAAAAGCUUUUUGACAACUUUAUUUUCCUUUUAGAAGGGAAUCAUGAUGAGAAAUAAAAGCAUCUUUUUAUUGUUGCUGGCCCCACUGAGAGGCGGAAAACAAAUGAACGUGAAAAAUCUGCUUUCUACUUUAUAACUGGAAAGAGUAACUAUUAUCAAGCUGCAGUGCUGAUUAGAAUUUACAUACCAUCAUGGGGGGCAAACAUAUUAUUAAUAGUUAUUAAUUCUGGGAUUUUUAAAGAUGCAUUUGAACUGUUCUUCUUCCAGGGUGGAUUGAUAAUACAGGACACAAUUUCCAACAUUUUUAAUAAGAAUUGGAUGCAAAGGUUGGAAUUUAUUGUAAUUAUUGUGUUUAAUUCCCAAACACAAAUACAUGCAGACCCAAACAUUUUAAUAGACUUCAACAAAAGUUCCUUAACUCAGCCUCAUACCUUUGAUAUCCACAAGGUUCUGGCAUCAGUCUGGUUGAAUAUUUCAACACCCUCUGAUCAUAAUCGCUAGUUUUCGUUAAACGUGGUUGGUUUUUUAGAAUGGUCCCCAUAUUUUCCAGAAAGUUGAGGUUUUGGCUUAAAGCAAGUUUUCCAGAACAAAAAUGUUCUGAUGUGUGUUGGGAUCAUCAUCCUUUUGCAACACCCAACUGUAUCCAAGUUUCAACCAUUUGUCUAUUUGAGAGGAAGUUGGAGUUAGUCCUCCUAUAUUUUGUUAUCCACUCAGACUACUGGCAGUAAACAACCCCACAGAAUGAUGCUGCCGUCACCAUGCUUGACAGUUGGACAGUUCAUGUGUUUGAAAGCCUCACCUUAACUCUUCCAAACAUACUUCUUGUCAUUGACGUCAGAAGACAUAUUGGGUAUCUGUGGGGACAGCUGCAGAUUUCAGCCAAGCUUCAAGUCCUGGACUUUGGACCAGGACCUGCUUUUUGGGUUGACAACCUCUCUGUCCGUGUUAAUGUUGGACACACCUCUCUGUGGACUGUCACACUGCCGUUCUAGCUUAUGAUGGGCCUGAAUAGUGUGGUUCUGGAGCUAUGUUUGAACAUUCCUUUUAUCUGAAACCUGGACAUAAUUAGGUGCUCCAACAAAACAAUGUUCCUAAACUUUCAAAACAGGUUUUUGGGGAUAAAUCAGGCUAAUAAUGAGCUACUGAAAACGCUCUGGUCAUUAAAAAGGUGUGAAAUAAUUUGUAAAAGCUAGGUCCAUUCCAGGUAACCAAUUAAGAUGAGCUCUACCAUAUCUGAUAGGAGGAAGGGUCACAUAUCUAGAUGCCAGGAUGAUCCCAGAAGCUUGUUGCUGGCUCCUAAAUGUGUAUUCAAAGAAGGGACCCACAUAUUAGUAAUGGUGCAUGUUUACAUUUGACCCAGUGUGUGAGUGAGAGAAAAUGUACAAUCAAUUCAAAUUCAGUAUUAUUAAAGGCCCCAAAUCAAUAUGACCGUCAUGCCCCUUGAUGGCCGUAUGUAAACUUCUGGCACUGAGUAGAAGGAAAUCUUGUAAAUAAACAAUUAAAGCUUUAUGCACUUUCACCACAGCUUAUGUCUGCUCACGUUUCUCUGUUUCUCAGAGACCCAGGGAUGGGUGCAUUCUGGGAAAUGUAGUUGUAGUUGUGUUUUUUUUUGCUUGUUUGUCAGAGCUUCUCGUUUGUUAUUUGUUGGAGGACUUCAGUGAACAUGCACCACAUAUUUAAAUGCUGCACUCUCUCAAACACUGGAUUAUUUCCUCACACCCAUAUUAUGUCUAUCUUUAUGAGGACUUUGCAUUGACUUCCAUUCAUUUUCCUGUAAAUCAUAAACCAAUUCUGGGUAUUUAUGAUUUACAGGCUUAAAGGAACUGCUUUUAGCCGGUAACCAGAUCAACUAGAAUGAGAACCCUUCUCAGCGUAUUAUUUUGAACAGAAACGGACCGGGUCACCUCUCCUCCAGCUGAGGGGUCCCCUCAUUCACAUACUCAGACUUAGCUUCAGAAUUGGGCCAACGCUGGGGGAGCUUUUAGUUCUUCGGUCAUAUUGCUCAUUUGUUCCAUGUUGGAACACAGGAGGCUCAAUAUCUGCUUCCUGAACAUUUAUACCAGUAAGAUUUCAUAUCUCUAAUGUUCCCACAACAAAAUGUCAGUUUUUAAGCAUGCCUCCUGAAUUCCUUUUAUUUCAAGUAUAGUUUUUGACUUCCUGAUUUUGUUUGUUUAGAACCUAUAUUUGGACUUGAGUUCAGUGUGUCUUUGAGUUAAAAGAAAGUAAAUGCCCCAAGUGUUGCAAAAUAAAGUGACAAUUAAGCUUUAUUUCAUAUUUUGGGCCUUAAAAUGUAAUAUUGUAUGUAAUAUAAUGUAAUGAUAUUCACAGAAAUUGUUGCUGUUUGUAUUUUUAUUUGCUGAAAGUCUUGACAUUGUGCUUCAUGCUAACUAUGAGCAGAUGUCUUUUCCUCCUUUGCUCUACAGAUUUAAUGUAAAUGGGAAUGUACACACACCAUGCCACUGAACAAAAUGCCUUUUUUUGUGUGGAAAUAUUCACAGAUGUGGACCAGCAUCAGCUUAACUGUCCAGGGUCUCACUCCACUGAAUGUCAGAGACAGCAAAGGGAUUGGACCAAUGCCACAGCAGCUUUUUCUUCACUGUAUUGUAAAUCAGGAGUAUUGACCAAGUAGCAGCAGAAUGUGAAACCCUGUAAGAGAUGUCACUUAUUUACACAGUCCAGCAGCAUGAUUACCUGUCAGUUCCACUGUAAACAAGAGAAUAACGAUCCUGGUUCAGUCUUAAUAAAACCCACAGUUCUCCCUUUGAA